UUCUGUCUUGUUUAACUAGCUAAAUGUCUUCACUUUUUUGUCCAACACAUACUUCCCCGUUGCCAGGCAACAGCACGCCUGCUGUUUGUUUCUGGAAACAAAGUUCUGAGUCACAGUAAAGCCGGGGAAUUUAGGACCCAGCGGUUGCUAAAGGGUAGACGAGAGGGCGGAGUUAAGCAUUGAUUGACAUAGAGGCUCGGCGAGCGAGUAAUCUGGGAAACUGACCACACUGAACUAGCUAGUCACGGUAGCUCCUAAGGGGAAAAAAAAAGAAAUCAGACAGAAAAAGGUAAAACAAAUCUCGUCGUAACAAUCCGUUAACGUUUUGUCUGCGAAUGUAUAAAAAUCAGUGGGAAGGCGAUCUCCGUUACCGAUGCCCGCUCAACGGUAGUUGAUAAUGCUGAAGAUGAGGCUGCCAGCGGCGGAGGGAGACAGCGACGCGGCCGAAGGCGAGCACAACAACAACCACCACCACCACCUCCGCCAGCUCGACAAGGAGGCGGUGUUCGAGUGGUUCGGCUUGCGGCUCAGUCCGGCCAAACGCGUGGAGUUCAUGUGCGGUCUGCUCCACAUGUGCCAGCCGCUCGAGCUGCGAUUCCUCGGCUCGUGCCUCGAGGACCUCGCGCGGAAGGACUUCCACAUCCUGCGCGACGUCGAGGCGCGCGCCAACAGCCCCGCCGACCUGCGACUCCUCACCGACGUCGCCGACCCGGUUGUGCUCUCGCGCCUGCUCGUCUGCCUCUCUCUGCUCGGAUCCAAGAACCGGGAGUGCGCGGGCAUCCUCUACGGCACGCUCAGCCGGAUCGACCUGUUGCACUCAACGAGGAACUGCUGCGUGUUGAAUUUGCCGGAACCGGGACCGGCACCGGCUCCUCUGGAGCAGCUGGCGUUACUCUUCGCCAUGGCCUCGCUGCACCCGGCGUUCACCUUCCACCAGAGGGAGCUCGUGCGCGCGCAGCUGGAGCGCGUCGAAGCGUUGUUGGAGGAGAGGAGUGUGAGCCACUGCGCAUGCGCAGCCCAAACCCUGCAGAGCCAGUUUUCCCGACCAGACGAGCUCCGUCCACACCCCGAGGGCAGCAGGACAUGGCCGUCGUGUCCGAUCCAGCACCUCAGCAGCAUGCCUCCGAGCCAAGUGGUGCACGUCGAGAAGAUCAAACUGAAGGAGGUCUCCCAGGCAGGAGGCGGCAGAGAGUACAGCUUCGAGGUUAAAUGGUCCGACUCGUCGUCCACGGCUGUGACCAAAAGCCAUCAAGAACUGCGCGAGUUCCUUUCGAAGCUGUGUAAGGAACAGAGCGCAGGAGGGUUCGAGCAGGACGUGAUCGGGUUACUGAGUCGGGCCGAGGGCGAGCACAGAGAGCAGGAGAGAAUGCUCAGGGUGAGAUUUGCGUCCGCGCCACGGGAGUUCCUACAGCUGUGCCAGGCCUCUGGGUUUUUCCUGCCUGAAGCGUCUUCCCUACACUGCAGUCACAGUAACAGUGCACCUGGAGCGAGAACCCGACAGCCGGCGCCUCGUUUCUCAGAGGACUGCUCAGAGACUUCUAGCCUCGACGAGGAUCUUGACGCAUACGCGGUCUCCUGCUCCAGAACACACAGCGCUGGAAACACGAGCCAUGGUAAGCAACAUAUAGACAGCGCUCAGUGGGAGUGCAGCAGGCGGAGUUUGCACCCCGAGCCCUACGUGGAGGUGACUGGGAGGAGACGCAGCUCCCAGCCGUCUGCACCAGACCCCGAGCAGGAGUGCGAGGAGAGGAAGAUGAAAGCCAGACCGCCAGGAAAAAGAGACAGAAACAGGAGGGGCCCAGUGGGGAAAAACGCUGUAGCUAACGGCACCCCGAGAGGUCCUGCUGUCCAGAUGAUCAAUCAGACUGUGUGUAAGGCUUCAGGCAGGGACACGUACGGGGACACGUCCUCAGAGAGCUCGAACUCGGUGCCGUCGAGUCCCGUCCAUCAUCAGCGCAGCCUGGAAACACAAGAUACAGAGAGUCAGUCGGACAACUCCGUCCCGGAUCCCCCCGACGCCCCCCGCCUCCUCCACGGGCAGGGCACUGUAAGGAAGGCGGUCGCCAUGGUGAACCCGCUGGUGGCGGAACCGGAGCGCGCGGGUGCGGAUGUCCCGUCUCACCCCUCAGCUGUUGUGGAGCUGUGCCUCCCCUACGCCCUGCAGUACAGCACCGCGCACAGAGACAUCGGCAAACCCGGAGAAGGCAAACUCACCAUCACAAUCAGCGGGUCCCAGUGCCCGCUUCCGCCCGCCUUCCCCGAACCACCCCAGCCUCAGGGUCCGCCCAGCGCCGUCGCCGCUCCAGGGAAACCAUGCGCCAAGGCGAGCGCUCAGCCCCAGAGCGCUCACGCGCCUUCGGGUUUGGUCCAGUGCGCGCUUGCUAGCACCAUGCCCGCUCACAUACCCAGCUCCGCUCCUCUGCCGUCGCCCGCCAGCAUGCCGGCACCGAGCGAGAACGCGGCGUACAUCAACAGCACUGCGCAGUCACAACCCACCAGCUGCAACGCCUGCGGUUGCCGCGGUACCUGCGGCGGCAACGGAGCCCACCAGUCUCCGGCCGGCUUCUUCCUCCCGGCGCAUCCCGCCCGCCAAAUGUUCGGGCCGCCGGCGCCAUUCUUCCAGCUGGCACCAUCGCUGUGCAGCACCACCUUCCCCGCGCAGGGCCACCAAGGGAACGGGACGCCGCUGCCCUUCUACACCCAGAGCGCCGCCUUUGCCAGCAGCGCACUCCUGCACACCCACUCGGACCACCUGAUGCCCGCGCAACCCAGCUACGCCACCCUGCCCCAGGUCACGCCCUUCGGACGCUUUUACCCGCCCGUCUUCCCGCCCGUGGGCGCCAUCCCCGGCGCCGCAGGGAUAAAGAAGAGUGGCACCGUGUCCUGCUACAACUGCGGCAUGAGCGGCCACUACGCGCAGGACUGCAAGCAGCCGCCCAUGGACGCCGGGCAGCCAGGUGGCUUCCGGCUUAAGUAUGUCGCCCCACAUUCGUCGGAGACACUAGACAAAGCUGAUUGACAGCGAGCUGAGGACCAAGGAGACGCUCUGUCUCAGUUUCUAUAAUAAACACACCAGAGCGAUGGGAUUUGUGUGUGUGAGUGUGUGUGUGAGUGUGUGAUAUUUGUAUUAGCCACCUUUAUAAGCUGAGACGUUUUUUGGGGACAAACCCAAUCCAUGUCCAAGUCCACGUCCCCCCAACCAUUAUCAGCUUCGUUCAGGAUGAUCGUCCGUAUUCACGUUUCGCCACGACGUUGUUCACGUGUACACUGAAGUCCUUACAUUUAAGCUAAAAUAGGAGAUUCAACUUAACGGUCUCCGGGUUUUUGUUUUGUUUGUUUUUUGGAAAUGAAGGUUUUUAUUAUAAAAGGCUUUGAGAAUAAUUUUUAUACUUGCAGCUAAACUGAGAUGAGAAGUUUAUUUGGGAAGUUCUUGUUUUUUGUUUUUGUUUGGGUUUUUUUUGCAAAGAUUUUCGUACACUACGUACUCUUCAAUGUGAGUGUUCUGAAUGUAACAUCGCGUAACUAAAGUCACACGUCGUACUGUGAAAACUUUCGCUCACGCCGUCACGCGCUCCGCUUACGUUCGCGCUCCGUUCGAACACGAUGCACUAAUAAUAGUAUUGUUUUCCAGAAGCCUGCGCGUGCAUGUGUGCGCGCGCACGUGUGUGCACGUCAGGUUUAUCAAAGUGCACUGAUGUAUCUACAGCGUAAGAGUCGCUUGUCGUCCGUUCAGAGCUGCGUUCGUCCAGUAGGGGGCGCCUCUGUGACCGAUGCAUGACGCAUGCGUUUUUCAUGCUGACCUUCACACGGACUUUAUCAGCAGCACAAAGCGAGCGCACGUCCUUGUAGUACCGUAGAUAACCCUCACCGCGGGGCCAGAAGUCCAGGAAGGGGAGGGGCGGACCUGAUCCAAUUUGCAACCUAAACAGAACCACACCACACUAAAAGAGAGUCGUCUUUUAUUUUUGGUUCAAGCAGCUCCGACGCCACCUCCUGGACAUCCGGGUUCAGUUACACCCCGGUAGAAGGAUUUAGAUCAGGUCCGAGUCCGCUUCCUGGGGAGUUUCCCGCAGCCGGACGCCGCCGCCGCUGCCGCCGCUCUCGCGCUCACAUUGUGAUUUUUACAGAAGAUCUUUUUGUGUGCGUCGUCUCUUCCAAGCAUUACGAACAAAGACUCCUGUCGAGGACGUUCCGGCUACAGAGCGCGAGGAAACGAGACCACGUCUCACGACGAAGAUUUAUUUUUGACUUUUCUCGAGGAUGUCAAAGCGACCCUGCCUGCUUAUUAAAACCUUAUUUUCUAAUUAUUAGGUGGCAUAUAUAAAUAUAUAUAUACAUAUACAUAUAUAUUUAUAUAGAUAUAUUUGUGCCGAUUUGCCACAAGAUGUUUUGAUUUACGGAAGUCUUAACUUGUGUAAGUUGUGUAACUAUUUCAGUCUGGUUGAGCAUUUCAAAACAAAACGAAAAAAAAAAAUGAAAGAAGAAUAAGAAGAAGCAUAUCUUAAAUUGCCAAAGCCAAUUCAGAAAUCAGAAAAUUCUUUUCUAUGGAGAGAUUUGGCUUGUUCUUGUUUUUUUUUUUUUUUUUUGUACUGAUCAAUAAAGAGUCAGGAUGUCAGACUGAGAACCCGAGGCCUUUAAAUUGUUCCAGGUUGGCAGAUGAUGUUUGGCCGGUCGGUUUAAUUUUUAUGCCAGGCAUUGCCUUUAUAAACCUUUAUUAAUAUUAUUAUUAUUAUUAUUGUUAUUAUGAUGAUGAUUAUUUCAUUUGCAUGUUCUGAGGUGUUGAAUUUGAUUCUGGAAGACGAACCCAGGAACCUGCCAACUGUAUUAGUCCAAACUUUUCACAAGUGUAAAAGGUUUACGAUGCUGUACUGUAUAAAAGAGUUUGUUUUUAUUUAGGCCUCGGAGAUUGUUUAUUGUAUUUCGUAUGUAAAUGUUGAUUAACAUGGAGGUUACAAUUUAUCUCUGAUCGUAUUUGCAUUUUAAGCAAAUGGAGCAUUUUCUCUUGAAUUAUUAGCAAUAAAUGGUUGAGAAAAAAAAAAAGCUCAGGUGUCGUCUCACUGUAUGUUACACUUGGCAGCCACUAGGGGGCGAAAUUCAACA